UAUACUCUGGUAUAUUUAUUCAUCUCACAUGUCGCUGGUUUCAAUCAAGCUUGCUGCAGGCUUUUGGUAAAGUCGAGUAAAUGCAAAACAAGUUUGGUACUGCGCGAAUGCUGCAGCUCACACCAAACUGGCGGAUAGGUUCUCGCAGAAGGGCACAAAGCCCACAAGAUGUUGGCCGUGGUGGCUUUGAAGCCGCAAUGUCUGUUGACGACGACGACGACGACAACUCUCCAGAAAACGCAAGGACGAAGAAGAAGCAGCACCAACAACAGCAAGAACAAAUGGUGAGUUCCUCAGGAAAGCUCUCAAGAAAGACAGCACGGAUCCGGGUAUGGUGGCUGCUCUCGAUUUGGUUCUCAGCUUUAGCUCGGAUAGCAGCGGCAAGAGGGUGCUCGAAUGAGCUCAAGUUGAGCCUCGGCAUGGCUCCAAACGCCAUGCCCGAGGAAGUGGUCCACAAGGUUGACAGGAUGAUCCAAGUUCACGCUUUUAGAGCACUCUUGAGACCACACACUGGCACUGUCUACGACGUUCCACUUCCAAUGGGGAUCCAACCGGGCCUCUCCGUCCAGGCCGUGAGACUCAAGACUGGAAGCUUGCAACACCGGGGAUUCAUCUUCAACGAGUUCAUCCUCCCUCCAAGGCUUGCGGUGACGACGAGAGUGAAUUCCAGGGAAGAGGUUCCGGAGUACGUGGUUCUCGUCUACAGGUUUUUCAGCAUGAGAUUCUCGGCCUACUGUCCGAAGAACGGGAUCUCGAUCAUCGGUCCCGUGGUGGGAAUCCGAGCUUACAGUGGGAUGGAUAUGGAGGAGAGCUCUUCCGGAGUGAAAGCGCCUGUAGAGGCCGAAGUGGUGGCUUUGGAAGACCCCGUGACAGUUCGCAUUCCAAUCUUUCCACUCUCCGACUCCAACAAGGUGAAUCCGGCGAUGUGCGCUCUCUUCGAUGGAAACGGGAACACCACCGUCACUCCCAUGACUUACGUGAACGUUUGCUCCAUGUAUCAACUUGGUGACGCCACGCUCGUGAACUUCUCCGCGAACAGCACCGGCGAGAGCUGGACGGAUUCGAUCGAAGCUCCAGUCCCCGCGCCGGGAAAGCACGCGAGGGAUCAUCCCAGCGACGCUGCUCCAUCGCCCUCGUCAUCGUCUUCGUCCAUGGGAGAAAGCAAAGCUCGCCGGAGGCGUUCCUCGUCGAGAAUUAAAGCUGGGAUCUUGGGAACAAUGGGGGCACUGACAGUGAUGAUCUUGGGAGCUUUCGUUGGAAUGGCCGGUCUGAGAAUCCACCACGCUGCGAGGAUUUUUAAAAUGGAGAUCCAAGCAAGCGAGAGUGAGUCGCUAGGAACGACGUUGAUAUCGUACAACGCACGGCCUCCCAAUGCCCGUGCUAGCCGUACGAAGCCGUGUCUAGAGAAGGACUAUAUCUUCCGAUAUUUGGGGGAUAGUUUGGCGCUUAGAGCAAUGCAUCCAAUGCCGGCCGCGAUUGUGUCGCCUCUUCGCGUCUACGCGCACAAUCCGGAGGCGCCGGUGUGUUCUUCGUCAUCUGUGGUAGCGGCGGUGGUGAGCUAUGGAAAGAUUACGCACAAUGCAGGGCUUCUGCGAUUUGGAAUCCGAUGCAAGAGGAGGAGGGGAGUUCUUGUGGCCAUGGCCUCGGCGGCCGCGGCAGAGCCUUCUUCUCCGGAGGUAAUCACGACUCCCAAGGGAUUGCAAGUCCAGGAGACGCAGAACGAUGGUAAUGCUCGGGUUCGCUUGAAAGUAAGAGUUCCGGGGAAUCUCUGCAAAGAAAUUUACGAUGAAACCCUGCUGGAUUUUAGCAAGAAAGUGAAGGUGAAAGGUUUUCGUCCUGGAAAAGUUCCAGAGUGGGUUUUGCUCAGUCAAAUUGGGCAGAAGCGUGUCGAGUCGGAGGCGGUGAAGUUGAUCCUGGAGAAAACUCUCCCCGAAGCUAUGGCUUCCGUUGCUGGACGAGCACUGAAAGAUUCAGAAGAGAUUGUCACGAAAUUCGAUUCGUUGCUGGCAGCCUUCACGCCAACUUCUCCUCUAAGUUAUCAUGUUGCAGUGGAUGUUAUACCGGAUGUGGAGUGGACAUCAAAGGACGCUUACAAACAUAUGGUGCUAGAAGUUGAAGGUCGCGACGAUAUUGGUGUUCAAAAUGCUGCCGAUGCUGAGCUUGCAUCGCGACACAAGGAUUUGGGAUCCUUGAGAGUUGUAACUGGUCGAGGAUUGGAGAUGAACGAUGUUGUUAUUAUUGAUAUUUCGGCUGCUCGCAUAAACAGUGAUGGAACAAUUGGCGACAAGAUUCUAUCAUGCACACAGAAAGGAUUUAGUUUGGACACGGAGGAGAGCACUUCUUAUAUACCAGGGCUUGUUCAAAACAUGAUGGGCCAGAAAGGUGGCGAAACUCGCACUUUUGAUCUUGUUUUUCCUCCAGACUGGAAUCAGGAGCACCUUCGUAACAUCAAAGCGCGAUUCACUGUGGAAUGCAAAGAAGUCUUCCUGAGGGUAGUACCUGAUCUAAAUGACGAAAUUGCGGAAAAGCUUGUUGAAGGAUGCAAGACAUUAGAGCAGGUGAAGCAAGCAUUGCUCAAAAAGCAUCAGCUCAUUGAGGAAAAUAACAGAAAGAAUGCAGCCAGGGGAGCAGUACUUGAAAAACUUUCCAAGGUAGCAAAGAUUCAAGUUCCAAAAUCCUUACUAGAGGAGCAGGGCCGACAAAUAUAUGCCGCCAAGCUUAUGGAGUUGCACAUCAAACAACGGUUUGACAAGAAGCAAAUGGAGCCGCUUACUAGCGAAGAAAUGGUGAACAACUUUAUUCGUGUCAAGCACGAUGAGAUAUCGGCUACAGUGAGGCAAUCCAUCGCCGUGGCAGAGAUUUUCAGGCUUGAAAAGCUUCAGUACACGAGGGAUGAGCUAGAAGCGGAGGUAAAGUCGGCUAUUGACGAGUUCAAGAUCUACAACCAAGAAUACGACGAAAAGAAAGUGAGAGAACAGGCGCAAGAGAUGCUUGAGGGUGCCAAAGUCUUGGAUUGGCUACUGGAGCAAGCGGACAUCAGAUACGUAACUACUAAGUAGAUAGUGAUUCGGACAAACGUUUUGGCUUGUAAUCGCAGCUUUUUGGAAGGUUUCCAUUUUGCUUAA